AUGCCACUUUCAUCUGCACUUCAAGCACGUUUAAUUGAACGUGGUAUUCUCAAUGCAACAAAUAUCAAUGCUGCACUUGAUGCUAGUGCUGAAAAUGAUGAACAAAGUGAAGAAGUAUUUGCUGAAAGUUAUGAUGAACGUGAUGAUCAUCAUUCAACAUUAAACAUACCAAAAAAAACUAUUUCAAAUAAUUUCGCAACUACUGAUGUUCAAAUUGACUUUGAAGACUGUAUCAAAUGUCCAAAUAAAUGGAAUCCAUAUCAUACUUGUGUUGAAUAUUGUAAAAAACGAUAUGGUACAAAACAUUAUACACCUGAUCCAGCAAUUGAAAAACGUCGUCGACGAAUGUUAAAAAAAUAUCCUUUACCAAACAAUUGGCGUGAAGUUCCAGAUGCUAAUUUAGAUCGAUGUUAUUAUUGGAAUAUAGAAACUGAUGAAGUAUCAUGGUUACCACCUUCUCAUCCACGUUCACAUAUAACUCAAUCAGCAAUUAAAUUAAAACAAAAAGAAAUGGAAAGAAAAACAGCAGAAGCACAAAAACAAGCAUCUGGAUCAUCAUCGAAAAAGAAGAAGAAAAAGAAAAAUUCAAAUGAUGCGGGAGAACGAUCAGAUACAGAUGAAGAAGAUUUAAAUCCUGUACAAAAAUUAAAACGUAAAAUUGGUAAGUAUAAUCAUAAUCCAUCAGGAUCUGGUAAAAUGUUGAGUUAUGAUGUUGAUCCAAUGGAUCCAUCAUCUUAUUCCGACGUACCCAGAGGUAAUUGGUCAUCCGGGCUUGAUUUAAAAGGUAAAGCCAAGACUGGUGUUGAUGAUACUGCUAGUGGUGAAUUAUUUCAAAUGCGGCCAUAUCCAUCACCUGGUGAUGUACUUCGUAUGAAUGCGGAUGUUGGAACAAAGAAAAAAUCAAAAAAUACCUAG